AUGUCCACAUGCAUGUGGAGUUCUCUUUUAGUGCAGUAUGGCACACAUUCUGUCGGAAAUUUCCCAGGCACCUUAUCAGGCAGCUGGCUUGUAAUAUACUCCAGCAGUGAUCAGCGUGAUAAGAUUGUGGGUUCCACGUCUACUACCACCCUCCGUAACUGUGCGAUAUGGCUCCCAAAGCCAAACAAGGAAUUUGCUUCCAGAGGUCUCGCAAGCCAUGAAUGCUCAUGUCGAUUGAAACUGCGUGAGACUGAUGCCGCAGAUAAGGCAUUUGAAGAUCGUGUCCGACAACAAGGGCUGUUGCUGUUACCCACAGUUAGCCCCAUGCAACAACAAGGUCAAGCACCACUACAGUCAGAUGAGGAGGAUAAUUCUCAUUUUAUUGAUUUUGACAAUAUGGGUGAGAAUGACACAUGUCAUGACCUCCAUCUGGAUGAUAUCAAGGUUGAGUUUCAUCCAAAUAGUGGAAAGCCUGCUCAGAUAUUCCAUUUUGAGGAAUACACGACAUCCAGCAAAACUUCUCUCAACAGCCCAGUUGAUUCGGAACCAUGGAAACCCUUUCAGUCAUGCCUGGAUUUUGAAAUUGCGGAAGUAAUGCUGGAUACACAUAUGAACAAGUCCCAGACCAACCAAUUUCUCUCACUUAUUCACCAAUGCAUCAAAACGCCAUCUGAAUUCACACUUGAGAACAGUACAGAUUUAGAAAAUGUAUGGGAGAAUGCUCGGAUGGCCCGCACUUCAGGAUUUAAAAAAACCACUAUCUCUGUCCCAUACAAAGGAGAUGAAAUCUCUCAUGAUGUUUGGACAUAUUCAUUGUUUGAGUGGACGCGGCAACUGCUUGCCGACCCUGGCCUUAUUUCGCAGUUUCAUUGGCAUGCUGAGCAUCACUACAAGUAUGAUGGCUCGAAAUUUGAACGUUUUAUAGAUGAACCAUGGACAGCUGAUGCCUGGUGGAGAAUUCAAGUAGGAUCUUUUGAUAAGACACGCCUAUCAUCCUUUGGUUCAGUCAAGGGCUAUCCAGUGAUUGGUCGGCCAGCCAACUUGGAUGUUGGAAUCAGAAAUGGAAUAGGUGUUGCAGGUGGAAGAGUAUUUGGAUUGCUUCCAGUGAUAGAUGAAGAUUCUGGAGAAGCAGGGAAAAAAGGAUGCGUCAAUUUCAAAUGA